AUGACCUUUGCAGAAACCACUACGUUACCUCAACAGGGAUUCAGGGCUGUCUCGGCCUCUGAUCUCCGUCCACUCUCAGAUGCUGUCUUUUAUAUCCAGACAAGGAUUGACACGGAUACAGGUCAGCAUGUAUUUAUGUGGAAAGAUAUCCAACGAGUGUUCAGUAACGCCAAAUAUCUUUUGGAUGGUACCUUAGUCGUACCAUUUAUGACUAAUCAAUGCUAUGAAGACCUUGAUCCUCUAAGAGUCCAGUACCGACCAGGAGUCGUCUUGGAUAUUGUAGUUGGGGCAUCAGAGCAUACCAAUUUCACUUCGAAAACUACACUUUUACAUGGCGAUGUAUUUACACGAACACUAUCUGCUGAGGCAGUGACGAGUCCAAUUUCAAAGCAAGUUGAGGAACUCUCUAUCUCAGACAAGGCUCCGGAGGAGAACAGGCUAAUCGCCCUUUCCAGUGAUAUGGAUGCCGGUGCUCGAUCAUCGUUUCAUGAGUAUAGUCGGAUCUAUAAUUCAUACUUUCAGGCCAUAGCACUCGGUCAAAAGCAUCAAGCUGAGAUUAUGGCCCAAGAAGCAAGGAACAUCCAAGAUGCCAUGACAGUUCAUUUCAGUCAUCAAAAGAUAGAGUCGGAGCGAAACCUGGCUCUUCAACAGGAAGUUAUUCGAAUGCAGAAGCAGAUGGAGCAAGCGAUGCAAAGGAAUAAGGAAGAAUUGUUAUUAAUGCAACAAAAACUUGAUGAAAAUCAACAAAAGAUGAUGCAGUUGCAGAAACAAGCUCUUGACAGGCUAGCCAUUGUCCAAAAUCGAGUGCAAGCUCUCAUUACUCAGACCUAUGAAUUGCAUGAGUAUCCGAUCCCCAGGUUGUUCAUCGUCCUUCCAAAGCCUACAGAGCGCCUUAAUAUACUGGCGAAGCCAUUUGCAAAACAGUUUCGCUUGUUCUUUCUAUGUGAGUGCGGCGACCACACAAAGACUCCAGGGAGCAGUAUCCCACAUCACAUCCACCUAGCAAAGCACGAAGGGUAUGAUAUCAGCCAACCAACGGAGUUCUUUGAGAAAUACGGAUCGUAUGUGUUGACGCUGCUUCAGAUACUCAAAUACGGAGUCCUUGCUGCCGGCAUUGUCUUGCCCCCAUUGGCUCAACUCGACAUUUCAGAAUGGCUUGAUAUUGUGAAGGACGUGAUAGGGACCUCGGGACACAGCAUCGAAGCACUUGUGGAUGAGUCAAUCAGCUAUAUUCAGAACAAACAGGAUAUUGACGAAACGCUUGAUAUCUUUGAAGACGAGACAAUAUUUGAGAAGGCUAAAGUGCUUGAAGGAGCAGACCUACGACAACUUCAGUCGUUUUUGCAGAUCUAUGAUAAGGGUCGCACACUUGGCAACUUGUAUCGCAUUGUCACGCCUGAGGGUCAUGUCAAAUGGGUGUGUUUUGACCAUUAUCGAGAGAACUACAGAGAGUCAGCGGUGCAGCGGUUCAAGGAGGUUGUUGCAGCUAACAGAGGCGAUUAUGAUGAGCAGCAUGGCAGCAUCAAGCUUUGCCUCGAAUCUCCGAUACAGGCAAGACAGUUUUAUGAAGCAAUGAUCCAAGCACGUGGUAUCCAGGAACUUUCUAUCCAAUUUGGAUGGGAUGCAACAAUGGAUGAACUUCGUGACUUUACAACGGCUGCUAUCACAUCAAAUAUUGUCUGUGUUAGCGUUGAUGGAAAAUCCCUUAAGCGGCCAGCACUUGAUGUUGUCAACCGCAAUCGGCGCUUCAAUCCGCUGGUUCAAUUGAUAAGUAAUGGAUCUAUUCAAUCAAUGAAACUCGAAGGUAUUGAAGGCCUUUUCUCUCGCGUGAACAUUCCUACUUUCACAGAAGCACCAAGACUUCGGAACCUUGACUUGAUCGGGAUUGAUUUCACUACUCCCUCCGCAGUAUCACGCCUCAAGAGCCUUCUCACUUGCUGCCGCAAUCUUGUAGAGCUAACACUCGGGACCUUUGAGAUUGGUACAACACCUAAAAAUCUGUUAGACGACAAUCUACCACUUUUCCAAACACUGAAGUCACUGGAAAUUCGAUAUGGAUCAGGAACCUUACGCAACAAAUACUCAGAAGGCAUCAUCCUGGAAACAACCUUGGAAUUCUACCGUCCGAUGAGGAUAUGUAAUGACUAUUCAGCUAAUCUUGAAAGAGGCCGACCUACAGACCCUAUACCAUCAGAAGAAAAACCUGAAGGGUUCCAGUUGUAUCUACUGAACAUCAUAUCCGAUAAUCCAAAGAUCACGACUAUCUUGCUGUCGAACGUCUAUGACUACCACAGAGUUACUGAGAUGAUUGUCACGGCCCGAGAGCGGAUGAUAUCACUCAAAGGAUCUUGCGCACUAGAAUCACUUACGAUAAUGUAUCACACUGGAUCCAAAAACUUUAUCUUACUUGACGUUAAAUGCCUUGAUAUAUCCGAUUCACAGAGCCUAGAGGUCAACACGGACUUUACUCUAUUUACAACUGUACCCUGGCUGGGUUAUGAUGUCGAGGCAAUGCUUUGUUUUCUCAAACAUCUAGGGCCGUUUGCUAAAAACCUUUUCUUUACUUCCAGCUGCACAUUCAAUGAUGAUAUGGCUCUAGCUCUGGAUGAAUCGACCGAGGCUAAUGGAUCGAAGCUUUCAAUACUGGAUGUCGAUUGUAGAUCAUUGACAUUGGUUGGUCUCGAGUGCAUGGACCGUGUAAUUCAGAGGUCACGAUGCCUCUUUAAUAGUAAUAUGAGGUAUUGGGGAUUUACUCUUGCCAUUGACAAGCCUAUUGGUACAUCCAGCCCAGGAUGCCUAGAGAUUGACUCUGCUCUGCGUCCAAACGGACACAGAGGCGUUUGUAGCGUCGAGGCAAUUCUUCAUGUACUCAAACACCAAGGGUCAGUUAUCAAAAACCUCGACCUCAGAUUUAAGUUCGAUAACGAGAUGGCGUUGACUCUGGAGAAAUCUAUCAGGAUUGAUGGCUCCAUGAUUUCAAUACUGAAGAUUGACUGCGCAUUCCUAACGGCGACUGGCCUCGAAUGCCUAGAUUACAUCAUUCAGAGGUCGCCAAACCUUGUUGAUAUAAAACUGAACAAUGUCUACAAUACUAUGGAUAUGGAGCAACGGAGGUGGAUUAGCUCUGAAUGGAUUGGCAAAGAUUCGACAUCCCGCACCGCUAAAUGGUUAUCAAGACGAUGGGAUGUACCAAGGUUGCAGAAGCUGGAUAUCCAUACCAGAGGAGAUCUUACACCUGAAUUUAGUCAAUGGCUCAUCAAUAUGCUCUCAAUCCCAGGACCUAUUGCUCCGGACCUUACAGCAGCCGAACAGCCGACACCAGGGUCUCUUGAAUGCGCUUUUGAGUCUCUCAAGGAGAUUCGUCUGAAUUGCUGGAAUGUUUCGCUUAGGGAAUGGGAAGCGAUUGUGAAAGCGGUUGAUUUCUCAGGGCUAGAGACUCUACUCAUUAUGGGAGACCACCUCAAUGUCAAGAUAUCGACGUGUUUGGUAGAUUGUCUUCUACAGAAUAGUGGAGCGAACCUACCACUGAAAAAGCUUUAUCUUUAUAGCGAUAAACUAGUGAAGUCGGUGCAUUUGGAAGAGAUGCAAAGGACGAGAGCGAUGCUUGAGAAAAAAUAUCCUAAGUUGGAGUUUAGUAUUCGUAUCUGGAUGACUUGA